AUGUACGGAGGAAAAACCGCGCUGCAGUCGAUGCGUGCCAAACCAGAGUCUGAUCGGAAAAAUAUUGAGCGGAACUUCCAGGCGGUUCCCAUCACCCAGUAUGCUGGUCGCUGGCUGUUUCUCAACACGACCUACUGGGACUUUGGUAGCUCUCCAGACCGGCCGCUGGAAGAACCCGAAAGUUUAACCCAGUUAUACGGGGCGGGAAGAUGGACGUGCUCCUUUGUCCCGAGCCUGCGAGCUCCGCCGGGUCACCCACUGACAUCCUUUUCCCAGACUGAACGCUAUCUGCUAGACUACUUUAUUGAGGGUAUUGGGCCCAACUGCUCGCUGAGCCCGUUCUAUAACCCGUAUCUGUCUCUGGUCACCCCGCUCGCUCUGUCGCAUGCACCACUUCGCAAUACCCUGCUCGCUAUCGCGGCGAACCAGUUCUAUCGACUCGGAAACGUUAAAUUCGAGAAAGAAGCCUACAUCUAUAAACAGCGCGCCCUUGCUGGUCUCCAAAAGGAAAUUAACGAACGUAAACCAAGCUUUGGCGCCGUUGCAACGGUCCUGAUGCUCUGCUUUCACGAUAUAUCGGACGGAUGCACACCAUCAUGGAAAACGCACCUUCGCGGCGGUAUGCAGCUCCUAAACCUGCUUCCCCUGAAAACGGCAGAAGGCCAUAUGCUGAAACAGUUCUUCGUCAUGUACUUCGUUGCGCAUGACAUUAUGGGACGAACGGCUAUGGAAGACAGCUCGGAAGCAGAGACCCUAGAAAAUGCAUGGCUAGCAGACGACGAUUUAGAGGAGGUGCGCGGCCCAAGUUGCUUUCUUCUUUUUUCUUCAAAACCUCUCGCUUACCACCCUGGAAGAUUGAUAUGCUUAUGGGCUGCUCUCGCGGGCUAA